CGCGCGUGCGUGGAGGGGCGGUGUGCAUGGCGGCGCCUGCGGGAGGCGAGGCGAGGUCACCUUGUAAUGGAAAAAAUGGAGCUGACCAUGACAUUGCUAUGCAAGGAUUUGAUGAUUUGUUCAUAGGCAACUGCAAUAGUACAGGAGAGUCAGAAACAAAUGACUGGAGUUUUCAGGAAUUGCGACUCAAAUUAAAGUACAUUUUACUGGUUUUCCUCUGUGAAAGCAUCUAACCUGCAUGGAUUCCAGGGAUCCGUUGUUUGGACAGAGCGACUCUCCUGCAGCCUUGCCCAUCGCCGUGCGCCUCUCGGGCAGUUCUCCGUCAUCGGCUGCGCCCGCUCGGCCACCCCAGCCGCAGCCUCACUCUCUAGAGGAGUUCCACCUGGUAGACCAAACUGGGCAGCCUCUCUAUGAGCUGCAGCCCCUUGGAGGGCCUGGGGCACAGAUGAUGAUUGUUGCCAGCCAGUCAGAAAAUGGACAGGUGCUGCAUGUCAUUCCUUCUGCCCAGGCAGGAAUGGCCCAAGUGAUUAUUCCUCAAGGUCAACUUCUGGAUGUGACCAGCACACAGGAUGUUUCAGAAGAGAAGUGUGGUGAUGGGAACUUGCAGACUGUGGCGGUGGCUGCUAUAGCAGACAGUGCAAGCAGUUACAUUCUACAUCCACAGGCAUCUCUCACCGUAUCGAAAAAAACAGCCACCAGGGUGGUGGAAGAUCCCUUUCCUAUCCCUCUCCAGCCAUUGCCACCAAACACACCUGCAUGGGCACGCCGUCUCAGGAACUGUGAGAAAAUUGGGGACUCGUACCGCGGCUAUUGUGUGAGCGAGACAGAAUUAGAGAGUGUUCUGACGCUACACAAGCAGCAGACACAAAGUGUGUGGGGGACACGCCAGUCUCCAAGCCCAGCCAAACCCGCCACACGGUUGAUGUGGAAAUCUCAGUAUGUCCCAUAUGAUGGGAUCCCCUUUGUCAAUGCAGGAAGCAGAGCCAUUGUAAUGGAGUGCCAGUAUGGGCCAAGGAGGAAAGGGUUCCAGCCCAAAAAAGCUGGUGAGCAGGAAAGCACCUCUGGCCAUCUGUACAAAGCUACUUGUCCAGCAAGGAUCUAUAUUAAAAAGGUUCAAAAGUUUCCAGAAUACAGAGUUCCAACUGACCCUAAAAUUGACAAGAAAAUCAUAAGAAUGGAGCAGGAGAAAGCAUUCAACAUGCUGAAGAAGAACUUAAUAGAUGCUGGUGGUGUCCUCAGGUGGUAUGUACAGUUACCCACUCAGCAAGCCCACCAGUAUCAUGAAAUGGAAACUUCUUGCCUCCCUUCUUCACCGUCCCAUUUUUCUGUGUCUUCUCCUGAGGAGGAGGAGGAAGUUGUUAGAGAUGAGAACUGUACUCUGCCUUCCCGACUUCAUCCUCAAGUGGCAGACAAGAUCCGAGAACUGGUGUCUCAGGGAAUAGAGCAGGUCUAUGCUGUGAGGAAGCAACUAAGAAAGUAUGUGGAAAGAGAAUUAUUCAAGCCUGAUGAAGUGCCAGAAAGACAUAAUCUGUCCUUCUUCCCCACUGUGAAUGACAUCAAGAACCAUAUUCAUGAAGUGCAGAAAUCCCUGAGGAAUGGCGAGAUGGUGUAUAAUUCAGAAAGUAUCCCAGCAACGCUGCAGUGGACCACAGACAGCGGGAAUGUUCUCACAGAAACAGUGACUGUUACGUUUGCGUCACCACCUUCAGAUGGGAGCUCAGCAGGGGAGUCAGUUGUCACCAAAGCUGAAUCCAACCAGAGCGGGGAGUCCCUGCUACCAGAAACAGCACAGCUGUUGUCUUCGCUCUCUUCGCUUCAGCCCAAGAUAUUUGCACAACUUCAGGGGUUGCAGCUGCAGUCAACUUUUACCUCCACAAAUGGAUCAACAGCCCUGAUAACUGUAAAUAACCAUUCCCCUCCCAGCCCUGUGAGUCUCCUGGAUUCCAUAGGGAGUGCAAUAAACAACCAUUCUCUAGCACUCAGUCAGGGACACAGUCUGCAAGCAGGUGCUGUCCUAACACAGCAUAGUGCUGCUGCCUCUGCUUUUGGGACUCCGCCUGGCUCUGAUCAGAGUCUGGUCACCAUGGGCCAGUUGGUAGCAGUUGGAGGGGUAGAUGACUCCAGAAGCCUAGAAGGAGGAGUCCAUCAGAUUCUCUUGGGAGAUGUGCAGGCUAUUCCAGUACGGAUUGUGGACAGCCAUCCAGCACUUAGUCAGAAGCUAUCCAGCAGGUCUAUCCAACAAGCAUCAACUAAGCUGUUCUUCCUGCUUGCCCAUUCAAGAAGUUGUACAAGCCUGCAAACGACAUGGAGAUCAUGAAGAAAGUCCGUAAGAUCUUACGGAAGGACCUGCAGAAGUGGAACAGAGGAGAUUAAAGGUUGAUGACUUCUACAACGCCCACAUUCUUUGGUGGGAGAAAGAGAAUUUUCUUUUUUAUUUAUUUGUUUAUUUUUCAAUAGAGAACAACAGCACAUCUUCCUUUUCCAAAGUAUUAGAAUGACUGUGUCUCCCUGAUCUCCUUGACAAGAUGCCUAGUGUUUGGACAGAUCUCAAUGUUUUUAUGAGUAUGUGCCAAAAUGUUAGUGAAUACUUAUCCAUGCAUUGCUGUCUUUGCAUGUCAUACUGAAACUGUAGGCCAGUGCUGCCUCCCCAUCUUUAUAUUGUCUGUGUACUUUUUCUUAAAGUAAAUGAAAGCUUGUUUUAUAAAGAAAUAGUGGAGAACUUUUGUCUGAAGUCCUUUCAGAUGCAUGUUUUUACAGAGUAAGCUUUAACUUAAGGUGGAUAAUGUUGUAUUUCUGCAGAAAUUUCUGAUGAGGAAAUACUAGUGGAUACUUGUAACCCUGUGAUUACCUACAAACAGCCAAAGCCUUUCCCAAUUUUUUUCUUUUUAUCCAGAACAGGAAGCAUUCCAAACUGGCCUUCAAAACCACCAUAUUCAGUGCCUCAAAGGUUUGGCACUUUUGUUCCUGUUUGUAGGUGAUCUCCCAUCUAUACUGCAAGUCACUGUUUUCAGGGUUCUUCCAUUAAAAAAAGAACAGCAAUUAUAGAAACAAACUUGCACAGAUGGGGGGGGGUGGUGUGGGAAACAGGAGUGACACGAGAAUCCUUACUUACCGCCUCUCCCAUCACACAAGGGUACUUCUUUUUGUUUGCAUAAUCUGACCUGGUCAGUUGACAGCAUAUAAAUAACAAUAUCUGAAAACCACAGUUUGUUUGUAAAUAUCUGUGUCACAUAAGUCUGGAUGUGACAAAUUUUAUUUGUGCUUGGAAUUUGUAUUGGUUUAGUGAAAACAAUGGUGUCAUAAAUGGUCAAGUCUCAAGAACUGACAGAACCUUCGGAUGUGAAUUUGAUCUUAAUCUGAGCUUUAAUUGAGCGAGGGAGAAAUUUUAAGGCUGUGCUCCUGUGUUCUGCAGUAUUUGUUGAACAGAAAAAAAGCCUUCAGUUUCUUCCAGCUCCCAAGAGCUGCGUUUUUGUUUCUAUCUGAUACACAGCUGCUUUUAUUCAGCUCCUUGAGGAUGGCUCAUGGAAUUCUGCUUUCCAGCUUAAGGAAAGAUAGAGGUCUCCCUGUAUGAAAACUUGAUGAUCAGUGUACAUAGUCCGAGUGAGUUGGGAGCACCUAGAACAGUCACCCUCAAGCAUGCUGUGAUUUAAGCUGUGUUAGGAAUGGGAGCUGGUAGAAGGAAUAAGCAACUGAAGAAUGUAACGGUAAAAUUAGGCAUUCUUGCUCUUCACAUAGUACCCUCACACAGUACCUUUUCUUACACAUCUUGAGAGAAACACUAGUCAGCAGUGGGAUGAAAACAAAUCUCAAUUUUUCCUCCCCUUUCACCCCAAACCUACAGUUUAAGCAUGGUUUUGAUAAUAAGCCACAAAUUUGGCCUAAAAAAAAAAUAAUAAUCUUCUAUCCUAGAUCUGGGUGUACAGUGUUUAAUUCCUAAAGGACUGUGCUAAAAAUUCAGUUGUCAGGUCACUGUUUUUUUAGACAUAAAUACAACUUUUUUAUCACAGAUGUUUCUCUUAAAGCUAAAAUUCAAUGGGAGAAUUAGAAAUUAAUUAUUUAUGUUUCUUACAGAUGAUACUUUAGUUUUCUGAAGUGUGCAGGUGUUUCCUCUUUGGCUUCUACUUAUAGCUCUUCAUUCACUAUGCGUUGGAUGUUUUCUCAGGAACACUUACCUCUGAGAGUACUCCAGAUAACCAGCAAGAAACCAGAAUGGAGAACAGAAGAGGAAGUGAAGUUUGUAAAAAGCUGCUUGCAGGAGAUAGAAAGCUCUCAAAGUUACAGCUCAAGAUUGCAGUUUCUUCUGGCUGAAGUGGUUCACUUUAAAUGUGCACUAGUUAUCUUCUGAAUGCAAACUGGUGUAACAGCAUGUUCUUCGUGGCUGUUGACAAAGCUGUUACCGCAUCUGAGGUGUGGUGUUCGUGGAAGGAGAUGGAGAAAGUGGGAACCUCCUUAACUUCUACUGAGAACAGAUGAUCUGUGGAAAGAGCUUUACCAGUUUUAAAUCAGUGUCUUCAGAGUAAUUUGGUGGGUGCACAGGUUUUUCAUGUCAGGUUCUAGUGCAUGUUUAACUUUGAACAUAAUACAAGCCAUAAAAUUACCUCUCCCUGGCCUCCCCAUAUUGUUUUUUUGGUUUUGUUUUUUUUGUCUCCUACCACGGUAUUCAUACUUAGCAGUUUUUGGGAGUGGGAAGAUUGUUUUAACACAUUCUCAUCUACCACUUGUCUGCCUUUCUCCCAUUGCCUUUUUCUCCCAUCCAGAGGAACACAGAAACAAAAAUAUCUGUCUGUAGAAAACUUCUGUCAUCAGUUUCCCGUGCUUGCAGAUGAAUUUCCACUCUGCCAGCACAACUGCAGAACCAUGCUGAUGAGAGCAGCAUCUUGUACUACAUGUACCAGCAGAUUAUCAGCACAAAUAACUGACCUUCUCCCCUUUAUAUUGUUUUGAAUCCAGAUCAGUCUGUGGGUCUGGACCAUGGUGCACCCUACAAGUGACUCUUUUUGUACAACUUGAAGGGGAGCACGGGACAGGGUCAGGAAGUUCUUAAUCUCCAGCUUUUAGGGUAUGCUUCUGUAUUGGGUGCUGGUGCCCAGUUAUGCAGGACACAGCUGGUUGUGGCCAGCUCUGCAAUGGACCCGCUACAGCUGAGCUCAUCGGUGAAGCUGGUGGCACCUCUGUGGAUGCUUAUUUAAGAAAGGGUGAGAGGAGUGAGAAAGAAAGUGAGAAAAACAGUCCCUGAAUGCCAAGGUCAGAGAAAGAGAGAGAGGAAUUGCUUCCAGUGCUGGAGCACAGAGGACACCAUGCUGGAGCAGGUGGAGAUUUCCUGAAGGAACUGCAGUCCAUGAAGAGGAGCCAUGGAGGAGCAGGCUUAUGCUGAAGGACUGCAGCCUGUGGAGAGGACCCAUGGUGGACAAGCAUGAGGAAGAUGGAGCAGUGGAAAGGAGCUGUUACAGACUGACUGCAACCUCCCACUCCCCUUAGCCCUGCGCUGCAUCGGGUGAGGGGGAGGUAGAGGAAUUGGGGUGAAGGUGUGAAGUUGAGCCUGGGGAAUGAGGGGAAAGUGACAUUUUAAUUUGUAUAUUCUCAGUAUUUUAAUCUAUUUUAAUUGACAAUAAAUUAAUUUAAUUUUCCUCACAUCAAAUCAAGUACUUGAAAUUUAUAUCUAGACUCAAAUCACAGUGGAAAAUACUGUUUUCUCUAUGAUCACUGCAAGCCACUAUUGCCUUUAAUUUUUUAAGUAGGGCACCUAAUGGAUCAAAUUUUAAUUUUUAAGAAGUCAUUCCUGUUUGAGUCAGUAGUUGCAUUUUUGAAUGCAUUCUGUUUUGGCCUUUCAAGUUCUGCUUAUUAAGGUUUUCUCUACAGUCUAUCUUAGCUGCAGAGUCAACUCAGGGACAGGUCUAAUGCAUUUCAGUUCUGCUGGAGAAGAAUACCAGCCAUAUUUUUACAAAUAUGAGUGUGGGAGCAUCCAUUCUGGUGGAAGGAUGCUGCAGCAGUAGAUCCUACUUUGGUGGUGGUGUUCUUACAGAUGUUAAGGAUACAGCAUCUUCACAUGCUUCAGAAGGGGGCAAAGUUUGGGGUGAGUGGCAUCUUUGGCAAAAAUACUAUUAAUCUUGGGAAAAGAAAUAAGUAGAGUUUGGGAAAGAGAUUUAUAUUCCUGUGCUUUCCAGAGAUUAUUUUCCUGAAUGAGAAGGGAACAUCCUUAAAAGGUAAGUUUUGUAUGUGAGUUCUUACACAACCUACCUCAAAUAUGUGACACUGGCCACCCAGGGUAUCUAGGCAAGAUGUUAUGUGACAUUAUGCACUUAAUGAUUUCUAGUAGGGGCACUGUUUGUAAUACAAAAUUGGUGGAUAGCUUCCUAGCAUUAGCUAAAUUAAUCCUUAAUUUCUUCCCCUCUCACCACAUCUCUCUAUGAAAGGAAGAUCCUCUGUUAGAAGGAAUAUGGAGAAUUGUUAGUUGUCUGUGUGGAGGACACAAAGCUGUUUGUGGUGGCUAAAGAUGACUAAUUUGAUAAUAAAUUAGAUGAGCUUCAGAAAGGAUUGCACCACGUUAUAAUUUCAUCAAGUAAUUUCUUCCAAUGAUAUCCCUCACUUUUGAUUAUUGUCUUACUGUUUACUUACUGUAUAAUCUAUUCCAUAAGCUUUCCUGGCUAUAUCAAGGCCAUAGAAGAAAUGCAUCUAACAAUUCUCUUUUCUCUUGAAGUUCUAUGAAAAGGAAAGAAUUCCCCAUUUUGCAGCUCUCAGGGACAGCCAUGCUUGCUUAGCUACCAGCUGCUCUGGAAGAAUACGUGUGUAUCCAUGUUCCCUAGCUACCAAAAAAUCUUGAAUCGGGCAAAGUGAAUUUGGCAUCUAAAAAGUCAGGCAAACUAUUCUGGAACCAAAUUUAGCAUCUUCAGGAGCUGCGGCCUAGGGUUUAUCAGUUGCGAUUUUAAAAAUAGGAGUAUUUGCAUAGUGAAACAUAUUUUUAUUCAGCCCGUUCAAUCUAUGAAAAAAUGUCUCCAUUCCUUUUAUUUCAGAUUUGUGGACUUCUUUGCAAAAUUAUCUGAGAGAUCACUAGUGAGAUUAGCUAAUAACUGUAAAAUGGCAAAGUUUCACUGUGGACAGGUGGUAACAAAAGGUCCCAUAAAGUCAGCCAGCAUAAUUAUCAUUAGUGAGGUAAGAUUUUUCAGACAUUAACUGCAGAUUUGGUGAUAUGCUGACAUAUAUUCUGGUCUUGCAAACAAAAAUAGUGAUUAUGAGCUAUUGCAGAAAGAACUGGGAAAUAAAGCACUUUGUAAAAGACCAGUCUGUGGUGGUUUUGGUUUCUGUUGGCUUUGUCAUGCUUUUACUUAGUAUUCAGCUCCUUUGUGUACCCUGUGUAGGAUCUGUUUUAUCCGAUCUCUUAUGUAGAGGAAGUUAAGGUAAUAGUUAACACAAAACGUAAUACAAAUACACAAGUUCUUCAUGGCAAGAUACAUGAUAUUUCAUAUAUUUUCUAACAAAUAGUUUAAGUGUUUGAAUAUUAUUAGUAAUUAGCAGAAGACAUUUGAGAGAAACUUCAGAUGCUCUAUAUUCACUGUUUUAUUUGUAUUUUGAUUUUGGAAUUGAUGAAUUCCCAUUUCUUUGAGAGCAGUUAUUAGCAAUGAGGUGACUAUUUUCAAGUGAGCUAUAGGUUCCAGCAGAAAUGGCUUCAGGUAGGGAAACCGGAACCAUAUUUAAAGUUUAGUGGCCAGAAUUUCUGAAGAGUUGAGGUGCUGGGAGCUACCUCUGCACUCACAAAAACAUUACCUUUUGGGCAUAAUGUUAUAAAGAUCAACAAGGCUUCGAGAGAGGUUUGGCUGGUAUCAUACACAAAUACAGUUUGCUGUGAGGCAGCAAUGCUUCCUUUUUUGUUAUAAGAUGCCUAAAAUACUUUGUGUCUGUUAUUUUGUGUCUUGCUGCUGACAUACCAGCAGGAUGAUACAGAGAAGAGAGUCCACAAUAAACGUUUUGUUUAAACUCAGAGGCAACAGCUGGCAUAUUUUAAUUUUUUCCAUGGAAUACUUGAGGUAUUUGAAGGAGUAAAAAAACUAGUAUAUUUUGUUUUGUUUUGUUUUCUCUAUACCAUUUUCUGGUGACAAAAGAUAGUAUGUUAAGUUUAUUUGGAGAGUUUUUUAGGGUCCAGGAUCAGAUAGUGCUGCUGAUA